UGGGGGUCAGCUAUCCUUCACAAACAAAAUCAUUUCACCAAAAAAAAAAAAAAAAAAAAAAAACAUUUCAAGUUAAACUCACUAGCUACCUUAUAUUAGCUUAUUGAUUUACUCCGAAGCAAGUAUGAAGUGCAACAUCAGCAUCAUGUUCAUAGUUCUUCUCUCUAUUAUUUUGUUUGCAGGCCCAAUUAAUGGGAGGAAAGACCUAGCAAAAUAUUGGACGGAGGUAAUGAAUGAGCAGCCCAUUCCUGAAUUUAUCAAAGAUUCUAUUAAUGCAUAUGAAGCCCAUGAGAAGGGAGAAGCAGAUAAAAGUCUCAUUAAAGAUGUCAAUAAUAAUGAAGUGAAAUCCUCUGAUAAGCUAGCAUCUAAGAAGUUGAUUGCAGAUGAAUUUGAACCAAGCUCAAACUUUUUACUCUACCGCAAAUACCAAAGUGAUGAGCCAACAUCUAAGAAGUUGAUUGCCGGUGAAUUUGAACCAAGGUCCAACUUUUUACUCUACGGCAAAUACCAAAAUGAUGAGCCAACAUCUAAGAAGUUGAUUGCCGAUGAAUUUGAACCAAGCUCCAACUUUUUACUCUACCGAAAAUACCAAAGUGAUGAGCCAACUUCUAAGAAGUUGAGUGCCGAUGAAUUUGAACCAAGCUCCAACUUUUUACUCUACGGCAAAUACCAAAGUGAUGAGCCAACAUCUAAGAAGUUGAUUGCCGAUGAAUUUGAACCAAGCUCCCACCUUUUACUCAGUUGAUUGCAGAUGAAUUUGAACUAGCCCUUUUUUUCUACCAAGCCUACUAAAAUGAAUAUGAACUAAGCUCCAACCCUUUGUUCUAUGGUUAGGAGUCUUGCUGAUUUUACGCCUUUCGUCUUGCUAAGGUUGUCCUUUUUCUCUUUAAUGAGCUUAUGGUAUUUGUAUUUUCAUGCGUUUUAUUAGCAUUGUGUGUAUAAAACAUUAUAUGUAUCUUUCUGUUUGAGUAUCAUGUUAAGGCAAUUAAGCCCAUGUAGUGUUUAGCCUUGUCGAGUAUGAAAUAAAAGCUCAUUUGAAUGUUUUUUUUUUU